CCAGUCGCACUCCUAACCCCGCGAGGGCCGCACCUGAGCCCGCAAGUCGCGCCCGCGUCAAAUGUACACAUAUUUUCAUUUAAAAACGCCCGCCAGCUUUUAUUUCUAUACAAAGUUGAAACGAAGGGGUCGAGAGCACUUCGUUAAAAUUAUUUUUUUCCUAAUUAAACCUCAUAAUUCGAAGUCUCCUAUGUCGGGCCGAGGACCUCGCUUUCGAGCGUCAAAGAGUCGAAUCGAUGGACUAUAUAUAAAACAGUUCGGAAGAUAUUCGGGCCGGCGUUUUAUUGACGCGAAAAGCGCAGCGAUAGCCGUUCCGAUUCUAUUUUAGCGUUACGCUAGGAAGGCCGGCGGAGGGCAGGAAAGAGUAGCGCGGGAGUGCGCGGCGCGCGGCGCUCGGAGCCGCUGAUAUUAUAUUCUGAAGCACGCCCGGCGCCCGCCUUACCUCGCUCCACGUCAGAUAUUUCAGUGAUACUUUAGGCACCUAUGAAUUUAUCUAGUCUCCGUCACGGGGGUCGUCCGGUGCAGCCGCCUGCACGUCGCCGGCCGUGACGCGCCGUCCGAGCCGCGACACACGCCGCUAAUUGGGUUAAAAGCUGCCGACGACAUUCGAUGUUUACACAUUUAUUUUGUUCUGUUUUUAGAUGAAACGGAACGAUUUUUGUUACGAAGACAAAGGAAUUAUUGUUAAAAUUUUAAGAAAAACUAUGGUUAUUCACCUUUAAAGCACGAGCUAUUGUAUUGGCGUGAAGAGGUUCAGCGACAAAGGGCUGCAACAGUCACGCUGCUAUAAAGGGUAUUUUUGUAGGCGCGAAAAUAUUAGGCACUGCAAUGAAAGUGGAGGACACGGCCAUAGACAAAGUGCACGGAUGGGGUUGCACCCCCACAGAGGAGACCCCUGCUGCACCCCCCUCUACAGCAAACACCUGCCUUCCGCCGUGGGUCACCAGGGGUUGGAGGAGAAAUACCCUCUUCUGUAUACUGGUGUUUCUGAUGAUCUUAGUAUUCUUAAAUAUAGCGUUAACACUUUGGAUAAUAAGUACAUUACGACUUACAAGAGACGGAAUAGGGCCCGUGACGAUAAUAAAACAGGGCAUCCGACUGUCGGGGCAGGCGUGGGUGGAGGACGGCCUGGUCGCGUCCGCCAUCGCCUCGCCGCCCGCUCUGCCCAUCACCAUGCACGCGCACCGCAACUUCACCGUGCUCGUGAAGGACCCCGAACACAGCGAACACGCCAAACUCCACAUUAGGAGGGACGCUAUAGAAUGCAGCGGACGGACGUUCGAGGUGCGCGACGCGGCGGGCGGGCGCGUGUUCCAAGCGGCCAGCGACGAGGUGCGAGUGUUCGCGGACGCGCUAGCGGUGGAUGGAGCGGGCGGCGUCAACGUGCGGAACUCGCUACAAGCGCCGCUCGUACGCGCACCGCCCGGCUCCGAUUUGCAAUUGGAAUCACUAACUCGGAUGCUGGAUUUGAGAGCACCGCAGUCGAUAUACUUUGAAAGCAGAGCCGGGAACAUCGACAUAGCGUCGCAUAAUAACAUCAAGCUGGAUUCCGUUGUUGGAGCUAUCAAAAUUGACGCUCCAAACAUUAUUAUAAGCAACCUGAAGGAGGCAACCACAGUAGAUAAGCCGCAGAAGAGUAUCAGAGGGAAGAAAGUGUACCAGAUGUGUGCGUGCGCCUCCGGAAAACUAUUCCUGGCCGCGCCCGACGCGCUCUGUGCCAUGCAAGACAACGACACUGAGCUCUGUCGAUGAUAGAACAUUCCAGACGUAGGGCACACGCAACUAUAAGAUUGCUGGGUGAAACUUGGGAAAGCGAUUGGCGCAUUUGUACAAUAUCUACCUAUAACGUACAAUCAUAGCUACGAACAUGCCUCCCCCCACCCCUUCUGUCUUUGCCACGCGAUCGUAAAGGUGUGCGCGAGUUAUAUAAAUAUAUAUGUCGCAGCCAACUGG